UGCUUGGAAGCUCCCACAGAUGCUUGCGCCGCUCGCAACAAACGCGCGCCCACACAUUCCCGAGUGGUAGGUUUGGGCUUGGCUGGAAAACGCAGGCGCUGGUAACGAUGGUUUUCCCACUUCGCUUCCACCUCUCUAGACGAGGAGAGUUUACUAGGCUGCGACUCUUUACAAGCUUACUAGGAAGCCUGUUGCAUUGAAAUCAAAGGGUUGUGCUUCGGCCUAUUGAUGCUUGGUUGAAAUAUAAUUAAUAGCGAAAUUGACAAAAGCCUAGAAAGGAAGCGGGGGCCCCGACGGACUGAAGUGACUGUGCAUUUGGUCUGCAUGAUCGCGCGGGGGAUAUAUUCCGUUUCCUGCCGCUUUGCUUCUAGAGGAAACUGGAUUUUGCUUCAACAAAACAGACCGGUUUAUUUCCAUUUGCCGCGUCUCAUUCCUUCAUCCUUCAGAAUAGGAUCGUUUUGACUUGCUAUACUUUCGGAGACCACACGUGGGUGGACUACUAUCCCGCUGGUUUGGUUACCAUGGUUACACCAGGGCCGCUCUACAUGCCUGGAGGACUUUUCUAUGACCGCGUCAAGGCGCGGGAACCUACAGCAGCAAUUCGGUCCCUUCGUUCAUUCGGGAAAAGUGGCUGAGGGAAAGGGCGCGCCAUGGCGGGCAGGCGAGGAGCGUUGAUUGUGCUGGAGGGAGUGGACCGAGCUGGCAAAAGCACACAGGGCAGAAGGCUGGUAGAGGCCCUAUGGGCAGGAGGACACCGGGCCGAGCUUCUCAGGUUUCCUGACAGAUCUACAGAAAUUGGACAGCUGAUAAGUUCCUAUUUGGAAAAGAAAAACAAUUUGGAGGACCAUGCAGUGCAUCUGCUAUUUUCUGCUAAUCGCUGGGAGCAAGCGCCAUUGAUUAAAGAGAAAUUAAACCAGGGCAUCACUCUGGUAGUGGACAGAUAUGCAUUUUCUGGAGUGGCCUUUACAGGUGCUAAAGAGAAUUUCUCCUUGGAAUGGUGUAAGCAACCUGAUGUGGGGCUUCCAAAGCCAGACUUGAUCCUUUUUCUUCAGUUGAGCACAUCUGAAGCAGCCAAACGAGGAGACUUUGGAAAUGAACGAUAUGAGAACAGCUCUUUUCAGGAGAAAGUUCUACAACACUUCAACCAUUUGAUGAAAGAUACGACUUUAAGCUGGAAGGUUAUUGAUGCUUCAAAGAACAUAGAGGACUUGCACAAUGAAAUUAAAUCCUUUGCAGAAGAGGCCAUGCAAGAAGCUCAACACAAACCCAUAGGAGAACUGUGGAAGUAGGACUGGCUUAUAUCAUCUCCUGGGGGUCACUCCUCAUCUAGCCAAAGUCUGCACUGUUCACCUUCAAGCAACCCAGUAUUUAUAUGACCAAACAGGAUUUGUUAGAUUUGCUAUAAGACAAUAAUCUUCCCUUGGAAGCAAUUCUGCGGGGACUUGUAGUGGAGUAGGUGCAUGAAAGAAGCAUUAGACUCAGGUCUUUUUAUUCCACAAACAGAGACUUCUACUUCAACACAUAGUAGCUGCUGUUUUUCUAGUCUCGUUUUUUUUUUUUUUUUAAACCAGCUCAAUCCUUUGGUAAGGAGGGGAAAGAAGUUUACCAAUAAAUGUCGUCUUCUCACAUGAAUGUCUUCAAGCACAAAAUAUGUUCCACUGAGAACCUUUUUCAGCCUCAGGGCCACAUUUGCCUCAUGGGCAACCUUUGGAAGGCCACACAAUGGUGGCUGGUGCCCAUUGGGACUGGUGGGGCUGACCCCAGGGAGGCCAACAGUAGGUGGAGCCACAGCCCAUGACUGGCAGUGCCAACUAAUCCUUGUUGUAUCACUAUCCUUCUCCCUGGUGAGUUCUACAACGGCAACAUUAAGACCAAGGAGUAAGAAGUACCAACCCCUGGACUGAAGUUAGAAGGCAGGCAAGUGUGGGCUGGCUGAGGGCAGACUGGUCAGUGGAGCAAUGCCCCAUUUGCCCUCAUGGACCAGCCUCCACUGGCCAGUGGUACCCAACCAAGAGGCAAAAAGUGGGAAAUCUUUUUAUAGUAAGCUACAUUCUAACUAGGCAAAAGUCAGAGGUUUCUACAUACACCCACAUCUCCAUCCACACAAGCAAGAUACAUUAUCACAAUGUUUUGCAGUUCAAGAACACAUUCCAGCCAGGAAAACGCACUCAAGGAGGAUGCAGGGCAGAGCUGGUGAAGGGUAUAGCUGAGGAAAGGAGGUAUGACGUGGAAGAGCCCUGAGGGCCAAAAAAGGAACCCUUGGAGGUUCCCCAUCCCUGCAGUAUGUGCUUGACUGGAUGAUUAAGUAACUUGGAAUAUGCCCACCCCAGUGCUGAUUGAGCACUUUUUCCUCUAGAUUAGAGUGGUUAACUUGUCACCUUCCAGGUGGUCUCAGCAAGCAUGGCCAGUAAACAGGGAUAGUGAGAGUUGUAGUACAAGACCUGAAGGCCCACAGGUGUGGCACCUCUACUCUAAAUCAGACUUCCUUAAGGUUACUUCAUAUGAGGUUGCUCCCUAUCUUCCCAACAACGAUGAUACUGCAUUAACUUCCCAACCUAUUAUUUUUAUUAUUAUCAUUUUUAUUAAGUUUAUAUCCUGCCUUUCCUCCCAAAAGGAUCCCAAGGCAGCAACCUACAUACUUGGAGCAACACACCACUCUUUGUCAUGAUUAGUACACAUACUUUUCUGCAUGGAGAUUGUUGGAAUGGGAAAAAGUAUCAUGUGUGAAACAGUCCUUAGCCUUAUUCUGACCAUGAUUAAUUCAGCCUAACUUACCUAGUAUGGUCUCUUAUGUAGUAUGUCAUAGGAACCUUUCAGAUGUUGCUUGACCAGAACUCCCAUCAUCUCUGAGCAUUGACAAUACUGGCUGCAGUUAAUUGGAAAUUGGGAGUUCAACAGUAUUUGAAGGGCCACAGCUUCCCUACCCUGAUCUAUAGAAGCAUAAGAAUUUAUUUACUGGAGCAGACUCUCAUGCCACUACCACUCCACAUGUAGGAUACAAUGGUCAAAAAUUCUUCCCAGUUAUCUAGCAUGUGGUGACCAAAGGUAUUCUGCUCCAGAACAUGGAAGUUCCAUAUAGCUAUCAGAGAUAAUAGCCAUUGAUAGAUAUCUCCCUUUUGAUUUGCCUUGAAUAGAGAUUUGAAUGUCUGGGGGAAAAUUGGGUGGGGGGGGGACUGGGUUUCCACCCCAUUUUUUCCCAAAAGCCUUUUUUGUUUUUUCUGAAAAAAUUGGAGUUAUGACAUAAAAGGGUAUAGUUGCUUGUUUCAAUCUGGGCAAUUUUUUUCAAGUCCAUGAUAAAUACAAUCACAAAUAUGAAGGAGAAACUAAAAGCAAUAGCUCAGAAAAUGAAACUCAUAUUUCAUGUAGUAUUUGUUGAAUCUUGCCCCCUUCUACUCUUUCUCAGCUUUAUUAUGAAAAUGAGUGGUUUAUGUCUGCUUAACACUGGAGGACUAGAGGAGACAGGUUUCAGAAUACAUAAUUUUUUUUUACUAUAAUGUUAAACUCCUGUUUUUAUUAUUUUUGCCUGCUCCUCAUAAACUGGCUGAGUCAAAGAGAUAUUAGGUUCCUUACAGUUCAGCAACUUAUAGCUCCAUUUGUAACAAAAAAAAUUAAAAAGUAAAUUCAAUUUGUAAUUAAUGUCUGACUAAAAUGUACUCUUAAUAUACUGAACAUAAUUUAGUGGCAAGCUAAGUUAUACACAAUAUAUUUUAUGUUCCUAAAGUAAGAAAGUGACUUGAACUGUAAAGGGUGCUUAAAAAAGUACAAGUAUUGCAUAUUUUCCCCAAAAUGUCAACUUUUCCAUGGCUUCAAAUUCGAGAUUUACCUCUCCAAGCCUUGAGCUCUGUUGCCUAUUCAUCGGGUGACCCUGAAUUCCAAUAUUAUAAAAGGAAAAAUGUCUAUACCCUGCUCAUAACACCCCCCCACAAAAUGAUUACAUAUCUCUGUAAGCAUAUGUUUUCUAAAUAAAAAAGACGUAUUAGCCUUUCCUUGCUAAUUAGCCACCUUGAUUUAAAAAAACCCUAGCGACUACUGUCCAUCUAGUAAAUAGCCUGAUUGUAGCAAUGUUUUUAAUUAUCAUAAAUUGUAUUUGAGUUCUUAGAAGAA